GUAAUGUAGAGAUUUCCAUAUUUAUUUCAAUACCUCGAGAAAGUUGGUGAUUUGGCCAUCUUCGCGUCUGAUUUACAUUUUAAACUUCCCGCGUUGUUUAACUUAUUGAUAAGAGAGAAAACACUUGAGUAUUAUUGUCUGAAUCAGUAUAGAAAAGCCGAUCGUUGAAUCAACAUGGUGGUGGCAAAGAAAUACACGGUUGUGACUCCAUUUGUCGGGCAACCCAAGGAAAGUGAUUUUCAAAUCGUUGAAGAAGAAUUGCCAGCUUUACAAGAAAAUGAAUUUCUAGCAGAAGCAGCAUACUUCAGCGUUGACCCAUAUCAAAGAGUAAAACUCGGCGCUAUUUACCCAUGUGACAUGAUCGGAGGUCAAGUAGCGAAAGUAACAGAGAGCAGAAACCCUGAUUAUCCCGUUGGUGCUUGGGUCAUGGGACAUUUUGGCUGGCGAACACACACCGUCGUGAACCCGGAAAACUCUAAAUUUUCUAACCAAAAGCCUUAUCUGUACCGCUUACCCGAUUUUGGAGAAUUACCCGUGUCUUUGGGACUCGGCGUUUGUGGAAGAGUUGGAAACACUGCAUACUUCGGCCUUACCUCAAUCUGUAAUCCCAAGGCAGGAGAGACCGUCGCCAUUUCAGGAGCUGCCGGCGCUGUGGGCUCACAUGUGGGACAAAUCGCAAAAAUAUUAGGUUGUCGCGUGGUUGGCUUCGCUGGGUCAGACGAGAAAUGCGAAUGGCUUGUGAAAGAGCUUGGAUUUGACGCGGCCAGUAAUUACAAAACUGAUAAUAUUCAACAAUUCCUAAAAGAAAACGCUCCUAAUGGCGUAGACUGUUACUUCGACAAUGUUGGUGGGGAAAUCAGUAGUAUGGUCCUGUCCCAAAUGAAUAACUACGGGAGAGUGGCCGUUUGCGGGGCUAUUGCUAGUUACAAUGAAACUGAUCCAGAAAAACGAAAAGCAACUAUAAUACAGCCAUUCGUUGUCGGCAAACAAUUAAAAAUAGAAGGAUUUCAAGUCAACAGAUUUGCUGAUCAAACAAUGGAAGGAAUUAAACAAAAUCUGCAGUGGGUUAAAGAGGGCAAGCUAAAAUACCGAGAACACACCUAUGAUGGCUUUGAAGCAGCAGUUGAAGCUUUCCUUGGAUUAUUUACAGGGAUGAAUACAGGAAAGAGUCUCGUCAAAGUGUCAUAAAAACAUUUUUAUUAAGCUAUCUUAAUGAUUAUAAUAAAUAUAAUAUACAUAUAACAUUAUUAAA